AUGGGGGAGGGCGUUGCCAAUCUCCUGGCCGAGCGCGCAGAGGAUGUCGAUCCCCGCGUCGCCGCGAGCGCCGUGCAUGCUUUGAGGCAUGAGGCUUUGGCUUCCCAACUCUCCGAUGAUGCCUUUUCAGUCGUGGCACGCCUUUGCUUGAUCGCUCCCGACAGCCACUUCAUGUGCCGCGUCGAGUCGGCUCUCUUCGUGGAUGAGCACCUCCUGCCGGAGCCAGGCCUGGGGACUGCUACGAAGCCUCCGCCAAGCGAGCAUGAAGAGGCGGCCCAGGCUUCGAAGGAUCCGGUGGAGCGACAUUUCGAGGCAGAGCAUGGCUUGAUCUCGCUGGCCGAUUUCCUCAGCUCCUACCUCAGCGAUGGGCAACUCCACCUGGGUCGCCGGUUUGUGCAGGCACUGUGGCGACGAGCCGCCCCUCUGCAGUGCUGGGCUGCCCUGGCGGAUUUGUGUCUCGUGGGUGAGGGCGAUGGGGCUGCUCGACCUGUGCCAAGUCUACCCGGCCAGCAACGUCAGGCGCUUCUCGUUGUGCUCGAUGGCGCUUUGGCAUGCGCCAGUGCGGAGGAUUCAAAGCUCCGAUGCAUGGACGCGGCGGCUGGCAUUCUCGCGCCUCGGCUCCCGCGGCUUUUUGCGGUUCUCGGUGCAGAGGAGGAGUCCUUCUGCAUCUUAGCUAGACUGACGGCGCGAGUCGUGCGUCACGUCUGCGAGCAGCCGGACGCCGAGGAUGCACAGGAGGGCUCCAGCGCUUUGCCUCGGCCGUUGCUCCCGGCUCUGCUCCGCCUCGCGGCGGCGCCGCAGCGCGCAACACCGGAUCUGGCCGAGGCCUUGGCGAGUUGGGCCCAGAGGAGCUUGGAAGUGCAGGCGGCUGUGAGAAAGCUCACGACCGAAGUGUGCAUUGCUUUGGAGGCACUCAUCGCACCGAGAGUGAACGAGCCGGGUCCCGUGGACGGUGCGUCUUUGCAGGCGGCAGUAUGUCCACUGCUCGCCCUUGGCAAGAAGGGUAUCGAUCUGUGGACCAGCUGCGAGAAACCCGGUUCCGUGCAUGGCAUCCUCAGGGCAGCUGUGACGCUGAUCGAGGGGCGGAAUGCCUCUGUCGAAGGAUUGCAAGCCCUGGGCGCACGAGCAGCCGCGGCACUCCUGGAGCUGCUUGUCCUCCUUUGCGCAUGGCGGGCAAGGCAGAUUGUGCAAGUCAAAGAUGACGGUACCGGCACGUCUGGAAAUGGGCGAGGCCAGGGCAUUUCCGGCUUUCUGCUUUGCUGCCACUGCGUUCGAUCUGCCUGCGCGACGCUCCUCGCAGCCGAGAAGAACCUUCUUCUGCGGUUCCAGGGAUUCAGCAGCUACCUAACCGUCCUGCAGAUGGAGUUCACCGGGUUUGACGACGACAAGGAAAACGACGCUCCAACUGUUCCUGCCGAGCACAUUGCCGCAUUGGAUGCCACCUUGGUCGAGUUCUAUGCUGCUUCAGCCUUGGCCAAUCCUUGCACCUCCCUGAGCGCCUCUGGGUGGCGAUCCAUGGCGGCUGGAAAGCCUUCCGGCGCGCAGACAUCAUGCAGGUGCCUGGUGGAUGCCUACUUGCACGAGGAUGGUGACAAGGAUGUGCUGCCAAGGGAGGCCGUCGGCAUGGCAGCGACGGCUGCCUCCCGGAUGGUGGCUGAGUGUGAGCACGAGGCCAUCUUCUCCGGUCCUCUCGCCGGCCGAGUUCUGAGAAAGCUGUCCACCUUCGUGCCGCGGGCUGAAGGACAGCAGAUUGCCGACAGCUGCGGCGUUGAAUCCCAGCUCCACGCGGCUGCCCUCCAAGUGGCCUCGAAGCUGCGGCGGCUCGGGGGUCGCUCCGCCAACGCCGCCACACGAGGAUAUUUGGCGCAGUUCCGGGCGGUGUCCCAGCAUGCGACAGAGACGAACCUGUCUUCAGGGUUACGACUUGCAUCAAUGUUGCUGCUGUCUGCUGGCCCUCCCAUUAUCCCCGGCUCCCGCGCAGCAGUGCGACUGGGCAAGGGCCUUGCUCAGGCGGUGCGCCAAUUUGGCAUGGAGGCUGCUGCUGCCGCAAAACGCCACGAGCGCUCCGAUCUGGAGAUCGUCGUUCCGUGGCUGCGAGAUCCGAGCUGCCCACUUCCAGGAUCCGCUGCGCGUGAGUUGUCCAACGCGUUGGCGGCGGAAUGUGGCUUGCUGCAUGCAGCCGGUGCCGCUCAGACGAAGCAGCGGCCAGGAACUGGGAGGAAGGUUCAAGAACCUGCUGUUUCCGGAGCCUGGGCUGUGGUCCAUGCCCUCCAGGCACUCGGCAAGUCUGCUUUGCAACGCUCCCCAUCCUGGAAAGCAGCUACUCAAGUGAAGGCUCGGCGUCGCCUGCGGCGACAGCGAAGCGCGCCGGAGAGCAGGCCGCCCGCCACUGUGGAGCCUGCUUCUGAAGGCGGCUGGCUGCCAGCAUUGCGAGGAGGCAACAACACCUCCCCACCGCCUGCUGAGCCCAGAGCACGGCCACCCAAGCGUCCGGCAACGCCCUCCAUGGCCCCGCCCUGUGAACCGUCGCCGAAGCGGCGGUGGAAGAUGAGACAGGACUAG